AUGCCAUGUCAAGGUGGGUCAGUGGUCGUGAACGCAUGCAAUCUUCAGGAUGACACCACCACUUCAUACCUCAACGAACUCAUCUGCCACAGCCUUGGUAGCUCCGACUCUGAAGAUUCUUCAUCAUUACGGGCUCCUCCUCCUCCUGCUCCUGAAGUGAGAAACACAAGUAUAAACCGCAAUGAGGCUGAGGUGGCGGUCAGUAAUAGUUCUGUUGAUGCUGGUACUCGAACAGUAGCCAUUAUCAUAGAUAGAGAGAAAGAUCGAUUAGAUCCGGAUUAUGACCGGGAGCUAUGA